AUGUGUGAGGCAAAUGACACGAUUCGUGGCGUGACCUCUGCAGAUGCAAAGGAAGUCCAAGUUGCCUGUGCGGAGAAGUCGUCACCCGCAGCCGACUGGAGGAAAAAGGCUUAUGCCGCAACCAUCUGUGCUUUCGUAGCUUCUACCGGCUUCUUCCAUGGCUAUGACAACGGGGUCGUGAAUGACGUUUUUACUAUGCCGAGCUUCCGUUCCAUGAUGGGCUGGCCAGCAGAGGACAAUGCCACGGUUGCAUUCUGGGAGGGUUUGACCGUCAACGGCUUCAACAUCGCAGCAGCUAUUGCUGCUGUCCUAGCUGGACACCUUCUGGUGGACAAGCAUGGGCGGCGCCCCGCGCUAUUCAUUGGCUCUCUUUUGUUUGCUGCUGGUGGCGGCUUGCAAACAUCAGCACAAAAUGCGAUCAUGCUCAUUGUGGGAAGGGUCGUGGCUGGGGUUGGUGUCGGCAUCACAUCGUCGGCUGGACCAGCCUUCAUUUCGGAAGUUGCCCCGGAGAAGAUCCGCGGUAUGCUUGUAGGCAUCUAUCAAAACAACGUCUGCUUAGCCAUCGUGGCUGCUGCAGUGCUGAACUACGCCGUGCACGACGAAACGUUCGGUUGGCGCUUGUCCCUGGGCCUUCAGGUCGAUUCUUGGCUGCCUUCCGAAUAG